UCCGCCCACAAAAGCCAUAGCAAUUUUUAGUGAGGCUCCAAAGGCAAUAGUGCACUAAAAAGUGAAAUUUCGUGAGAGAAUUCCGCGGAAUAAUCCCCUUCAAACUACUCCUGGGCCGAUAGAAAAGACAGAAAUAGACCGGACGUGAUGGUUUGGCAUUCGUAGAUAUUUAAAUGAAAGUGGGUGGGCCUUCGCGCGCACGGAGCUCUCUGACAGACCUGCAAAUAUAUAUGCGGAGGAAUAUCAUUUAAUUCCGAGACGCGCAGCACAAGUAGGGCGGAUUAUAACGCGCACAGGACCGGUUCUGUUGGACCCGACCGCUUGGACUCCAUUGGCAUUUUGUGCUCCGUUAUUGAAGGGUGUUUUUGCAUUGGCACCGCCCUUCCUGGCGGGGUGGGUCCGUGCGUCAGAGCUGCGCCACAGUCUGCGGCCGCUGGAGAAAAUAGGCCGUCCUUCUUCUGGGCCGCUGCCUGCCUUCCUUCCACUGCGUCCGGCCUUUUUUCUCUUAAACAACUCCUCUCCGGGUUUUAUUAAUGCGGAAUGAGUGAGCCCAAGAAGGAAGCAAUGGCCACAGAUGGGGGGGAAACCAGUGGGGAAGGGGGUACGAAAGGGAAAAGUUCUGGAUCACAGGAUGCACAGCCGUCCCCCCUCGCAUUGCUUGCAGCAACAUGCAGUAAAAUAGGAGGUGUUGGUGGCGACAGUCAGAGUGCCACACCACAGCAGAUAAUUAUCGACCCGAAUCAGGGUCUGCUGCAACUCCAGAACCCUACGCAACAACUCGAGCUAGUUCCUGCGCAGUUAACAGGAAAUGGCUGGCAGAUUAUUGCAACUUCCCCUGAUGCUGCGACCACAACCAAGGACAACGUUCAGCAGUCAGGGGUUGCAAUCAGUGAAGGCACAGCUGGACGAAAGAUCAAGGCGGUCACUUCGAAUAAUGCAUCUUCCGGACAGCAGCAGCAACAAUUUCAAAUCAUCCAGGUGCAGAAUUUGCCUAACUCAACGGGCGGAAUUCAGUAUCAGGUGAUUCCUCAUUUGCAGACCGCCGAUGGACAGCAGAUCCAAAUAAAUCCAAAUAACCCAGCGACCUUAAGCGUUCAGCCGGAACAGAUCCAGCUCAUCUCUACUGGAAACAAUCAAGCCAUUUUGGCCACGCCCCAGAGGGCGGGGUCGGCCAGCAUCGUCACGCAGAAUCCAGCCAAUCAGACGAUUCCGCUUCAGAUCAGGCCAUCAUUCCCUCUCCAGUUGCAAACCAUUCAGGGUACGCAAGCGCCCAUGGUGACUACGUUGCCCAUCAAUAUUGGUGGCGUAACUUUGGCUUUACCGGUUAUCAACAAUGUUGCUGGAAGUGGUGGGUCUGUUCAACUAGUCCAAUCAAGUGACGGAAGUAUUUCGAAUGGCAGCCAGUUGAUAACGUCAACCGUCGCUAGUACUGCCGAAUCUUGCACAACGACUUCGUCGGGAUCCGAUUCAAUUGUUGCAUCCUCUACGGACGGUAUGACGUUAACAACUGCUGCCGUGGUGUCCACUGGAUCUACAGAGGCCCAGAAGGACAAUCAAGGCCAGUUGAGCGAGACGGACGCCCAGAACAUUGCUCAAUCCAACGGGCUUCAACUUGCAACAGAACAAGCUGGCCAAAUCCAGCAAUUCCAAAUCGUGGGCCACCCCGUUUUCCAACAGUUUCAGAUCCAAUCGCCCCAGCAGCAGGUGGUCCAGGGAUCCAUACAGAUCCAACCGGGCCAGACUUUACAACCAGUUCAGCAGAACCUCCAGCUUCAGGCCUUCCAGAACCCAACGCAGGUUCUGAUCCGAACGCCAACUCUUACGCCCUCAGGGCAGAUCAGCUGGCAGACCGUUCAGGUGCAGAAUGCGGGUGUACCCCAGCAGCUGACUCUCGCCCCAGUGGCAUCAAACACGAGCGGGGGCACUUUCGCGAAAAUUGCCCCACUGACGCUCGGGGGGUCGCCCAUCACACUGAGCGCAGCACAGCUGUCCUCCGGGACGGGGGUGCAGAUGUUGAAUAUUGCGGGUUUGGGUACAGCUGGAGUCCAGUUGCAGAGUGUACCGCUCACCAUCACCGGUGUGCAAGGUCAGCAGCAGGGUCAAGAGGGGGUCAAAGUUCAGUCGGCCCCAAUGACGGUCACCGUUGGCAACAUCAGCAGCACGACCCUGAGUGCAGCGAGUCCGGAUCAGAUGGGCCAGGUCCAGAGCCCGUCUGACCAGGAAGGUCAACCCAGCAAGAGACUGCGCAGGGUGGCCUGCUCCUGCCCGAACUGCAGAGAUGGAGAGGGGAGAAACAACAGCGACCCCUCAAAGAAGAAACAGCACGUGUGUCAUAUGGAGGGUUGUGGGAAGGUUUAUGGUAAAACAUCUCACCUGAGAGCUCACCUCCGCUGGCACACAGGAGAGAGACCUUUCGUCUGCAACUGGAUCUUCUGCGGAAAACGCUUUACAAGGAGCGACGAGCUACAGCGACAUCGCAGGACACACACAGGUGAAAAGAGGUUUGAGUGUCCAGAAUGUUCCAAGAGGUUCAUGCGGAGCGACCACCUUUCAAAGCACAUCAAAACCCACCAGAACAAGAAAGGUGGGGCGGCGCUUACCAUCAUCACCACAGAGGACAUGGAGGAAGAGGUGGACGAGGUCCUGGGCUCGCCGCAGAUCGUGACCGUGGCGUCACUGUCGCAGGAUUCAAACCCGGCCACGCCCACGACGUCAAAUAAUUUAGAGGAGGAGUUUGAGUAGUUUUCCCUGCAAAUAUUAUUAGAAAAAAGCACCACGAUAUUGUUUGUUUGUUUAUAUAUGUUAAUUUGUUUGUUCUUUUUCUAUUGAGCGUAAUCAAUUGUUGUUGUUUUUCUCAAAUGGAAAUUUAUUACUAUCAAAUAUUAUGACAAAGAAUAAUCUAAAGAAAGUAUGGAAAUAACAGCUGUUAGAAGACAUUACGCAUCGAAUGAUGGAGUCUGUUUUUAUUUCGAGUAGCACAAGAAGUUCCCAGAUGACUGAAAAUGUGUGGCUAUGCACAAAAAGAUGUUUUCAAAAUCGCUAUGAAUUUAAUAUACACUUCGUUCCAGUCUUGGAGCCUCGCAUUUCACAGCUGCAAUCGUGCAUUGAUCUGCCGUUUUGCAUGCGAUCUGGCUAGGAAGUUGCACACGACCUGUGUUGGUAGCGACCAGACACGUUAAAGGGAUAGAUCACCCCCAAAAAUGUAAUUUGUCAUCAUUUACUCACCCUGAUGUUGUUCCAAACUUCUCAAUUCAACUUUCUUGCACCUAUAUGUUCCAUUCAAUGAAAGUGAAUGGUGACUGAGGUUGUCGUUCUGGCUAAAAUGUCCUAAAAACAACAUGAGGCUGAGUACAUGAUUUCAGAAUUACAUUUUUGGUUGAACUAUCCCUUUAAGAACCUUAGCACAAGCUUUUUGAGUGACCUGGUCUGUGAUUGAGCCAAUCAUAACCUCACAUGCAGAAUGGUUUAGGGACGCCGUGCGUGUUGGAUGCUCGACUGUUCUGCAUUGAACCUGACUUACAGUAUUUAAUUAUAAUAUUUUGCACUGCACAAGAGGAACGUGGCCCGACAGAUUCACCUUGUGCAGAUUUGCAGCAGUUAAAGCUAAUAUAUGUAUGAGAAACUAGAGUAUAUAAAAGGAUUUAUGGGAUUUAAAAGAACAACAAAAAUAAGCACAUUAGAUUUACAAUCGAUGCAUUCCAUUUAAAGGGAUAGAUCACCUAAAAAUGACAGGUCUUUCAUUAUUUACUCAGAUUUACCUUAAAUUGUUCCAAACCUGUAUUACUUUCUUGCUUCUGUGGAUAAAAAGAUGCAACGAACGUAAAUGGUGAAUGAGGCGCUCGGUCCAAAACCUUCUGCUCCUUUUGUGUCCCGCGGAAGAAAGUAAGUGACAUGGUUUGGGUGAACUAUCCCUUUAAGAAUAGAUUAUGAUUUGAAAGACGUUUAUGUUUAAAAAACAAUAGAAAGAAAAAGCUUUCUAAGACAUGCUCAAUGUUCAACGAAAGCAAUACUAUAAAGACAAUCUUCGUAAAACCAUGUUUACAUUACAGAGGGGUAGAAUAGGUGUCUUUACGGAAAAACAUCUAGAGACGUAUGAACCCUAGUCGUAUGAACUGUACUCUGAUGCCUUAACAAAGACUGCAGUAUCACUACGUUACGGCUGGGUGGCGACGUCGGCUUCGUUUUGAAAUAUGUUUAUGUGCAGUAUUGCCCAGCGGACCACAUCAUCUUUUUAUACAGCUGAAUACUGUGGUCAGUGAAGACGAGGUUAUCAGAGUCUCGAUUAUCCGCUUGAGAUGUAGAUAAACAACCCUCGACCCACGUCAGUGCUCGGCUCUUCAAAUGUGUGUUCACCUGUUACCCAUUGACAUUCCUGAUCACUUCAAAGAGAUUCAACCCUGUUACACGCAGAAAUAUCCACGGUACCGAAUGUCUUUAUUCACUUUUCCACCAUCAGGUCGAACUGUUUCGUUGCCGAGCGGAUUUAUACGGAUAAAUCCAGGCUUGACUGGGACUGACUGGGCAAGUGACAAAUCGUCGCUAUGUACUAAAGAGGAACCGGAAACCGGAACGGUUUUGUAUCGUACCGAACCGUGCUCAAGUGCAAACGCAACUCAAACCGUUCGGCCCGAUAACGGAAAAGCUUUGAGGCGGAGCACACCCCCUAAAGCCACUCAUUUCAGUUCGAUGUUCAGAAAUAUGUGUGGUGGCGUUCUUAUUCGUGAGUUCUUUAUUGUUAUCUUCAUUUUUUUAGCUUUUAAUUUCAGGCCCCGCGUUUUGGUUACCACACAGCACAAGAAGACGCCGCUGUGUGUGUGUAAUUUAUUAUUUAUCCUAAAUAUUAGUAUUUGCUAAUGUGUGUUGUGCCCUGUUAAUGCAGAUGACGUGCUGCAUGGUUCAUUUUCGCUAACAAUCUAUUUAGUAGCGAUCUGUUAUUUCUAAACGUGGUCCUUUUAGGAAGUAAAACCAUGGCUUUUAAUUUAUAUGACUUUUUCACACCAUAACAUGUUUCAAAGAGAGAAAAAAAAUGUUUAAAAAGUGGUUGAUACCAAACAAUUAUAAAUAGAUGUUUUGUUUUUUGGUAAUGUUUUCUGUGGCGACCGAUUUAUUAUUAUUAUUUUUUUUCUUUAAUAUUUUCUAGUGACACCUCAUUUGUAAAUCAUUUUUCUAAGAUGUUUCUUUGUCCUCAUGGCAUUUGAUAAUGGGUUUUUAGCCAGGUUAGCCUGAAAGGCUGCAGUUUAUUGAUAUUUUUAAAAUACCUUUGUACAAACGUGUUAUGGUAAUGGGUGAAUAAAACGAGGAAAAAGAAUACAAAUAUUUGCCUGCAUAACACUUGAAAUUAAAGUGAGUAAUUCUGUCU